GUGGUGAGAGGGUGCUCAUCAAAGCUGUCAGCUUUGUCCUGGGGAGGCUGCGAGAACCGCUGGUUCUUGUCAAGUUUUCUCAAAUUUAGUGCCUCAACAGCGAUAUUUCUAUUUUCUGUCCCGUACCGCACCUCUCACUUAUUUCCUGUAGCAAGAAGAUAUGUUGUUGUUUGUUAGCGCUGCUCUCCACUCCUCCUAGUGCCCUUGUACCACGUUUGAUUCUCCGUGUCCGGUUGCCAAGGGAGCAAACACAAAAACAAAUCAGAUGAGCUUUGGAGAAGGGUUUAGGGAUCUUUCCGAAUGAAAUGUCCUAGAAAACCAUAUAGUUUUAUUGAGAACAUAAUUCAUCAAUCUGAUCAAAAGCAACGUGGGAGUUUGGGUUUAGGGUUUGCUUCUGCUUUAUUUAAAAAUCCGCUUUUUGCAAAUUUAGAGGAGCUUGUGAUGUUGUGAAGAUGUUGAACAGUGUGACAGCUUUCCAGUCAAACUAGACUUUAUUUGUUUAUCUAUUAACUCCUUUUCACCCCCUUGUGGGACUUAAGGUAGUUAAUUUAUGGGAUUGGAAUUGCCCAAGACCUUGUCCUGAGUCAUAAUUGAGCCUUUUGGAGCCUUUUGGAGCCUUCCUGCCCGGGGGAUAUGGAGGAGAGUUUUGACUCAGUAUUUCUUUUGGAUGUAGCAAAUGCAUUCAUGUUGGUUAGUCAUAUCUUGAAGUUAUGAACAUCCUGGGUUUAUCAAAAUACAAAUUUCAAUGUUCAAAAGAACAUUAAAGCAGAAUUGCAUAAGAAUAUCCUAAUUAACAGCCUCUGAACCAAAUGUGUCUUAUUUAGCUUUUUGAUGUGACUUUUUCAUGUGUGCUGUUUCCUCUGUCAGAGUUUCUUGUCUCUGUUCAGUCAGCUCCCAGUUUCUGAGUGCAAAAUACUUGACGGUCCAUCCGAGGGGAGAGAAGCUUGAGGAGGUGCUGGUUCUUAGCAUAAGGAGUUUGGCUGAUUUCUCGGGAGAAGGGAUCAACACUCCAACAUUUCAACAGCUGAAAAGGGUUGUCUAGGAUGGACUUAGAGCUUCUGAAGAGGCUGCGUCAGGCCAACCAGGACCUUCUGCAAAGGCUCACAACAAAGCAGGAGGAGAUCAGGAAAAGAGUUCCCAGCAAGCCACUCCUUCCAGCAUCUGUUCUUUGCCACAGAACUGCUGAGGGAUCUGUCCCCUGGCCCAGGAGAGGGAAGGAGAAUCAGGUGGAUGCUGACCCUGGAGUGGUGGUGUCUGUGGAACCCAGAGCACGCACAGCCAGAGCAGCCCUCAGUUCACCUCUGAAACACAGCAGCAGGGACAGAGAGCUACAGCAACAACAAGCAAAGGCACAGGAAGCAGCAGGUUUGGAUUCCAGCUAUCCUGGGAAAGAGAAGAGUGUUAUUCCAGUGUCUGCAAUCAUUCCAUGUGGCAGAGAAGCCUCCAGAGUGGAUGGGGAUGGCCAUGCUCGAGGAAGUCCAGAGAAGGAAUCCUUCCUCCUGGGACUUGGAGAGAACAGAAAACAGUCUGCUCUGCUCCGUGGUUUCCAUGAGAAGAAUCAUCCAGACCCAUCACUGAGCAGAGUGCAAAAUGAAGAGCCCAGUGAGCAGCACGUGGUCAGCAGAGAGCCCACGAUGCCUAAAUCAGUCCUGGUGACAUCCCGGGCCAAAGAGUUGAAGAAGAAAGCUCAUCAUGUGACUUUUCAGCCUGAGCCUGAAGAAGAUGCCACACCAGUGGGCAGCUGGUCUGCCCGUCCUUUCCUGGGCUAUGACUGGAUUGCAGGGCUCCUUGAUACAAAGUCUUCAGUAACAGAAAAAUCUGAGCAAUACUUUGCUGAGCUGCAGCAGUUCCGACAGGCCAACAGAGAAGCUUGUAUUGAUGAGCAGGACCUGGAGCCCAAGGCUCUGGAUUGCACAGUUCCUGAACAAGAACCAGAUUUGAUAACCAGUUCCCAUAAGUGUUUUUACUGUUACCGGUUAAACCAGCGCCUGUUCCCUGUCCCUGUGGAUCCAGAAUCUGCCUGCCCUGUGUGUAAGAUCCCACGUGCCCACCAGCCCCCAGGGACACUGGAAGAGCCAGCCCAUGUCAGGGUCAGCAUUCCCAGGAAUACCCUUUUGCCUGCCCACAAGUACAAAGCCCAUCGCAGGAGGAGCUUUGAGCCAGCAGACGAUCUGGCCUUACCCUCGCACUGCCUGGCUGGCUGGGAAAACAUCAUCCCCCCAAGCAACCCCAGGCUCAGCAGUUUGGAUCUGAGAGCUUCCCUGGAAGAGAGGCCUUCUCCCCAUCCUCACCUGGACUCGCUGCCCAGAGUGUCAAGAGGAGCUGAGGAGCCCCUGCCCCCCUCGGCACGUCCCAGGUCCAGCAGUGCCUCCCCCCGGAGGAAGCAGAGCAGGCGGGGACGCCGGAGAGCAGCUCCCGGGUUAGACCAGGCUGGUUUAACCUCAACUCUGUGAACCACAGACUUGUCUGCCCGGGGGAAGGGGUGGCCACAGCACGUGGGAACAACUCACAGACGAGGCCAUUCGGAUAAAAAAAUGAAUCUUGGCACAGAUUUUGCCCGAUGGGUUUCCGCCACGCGCGGUGACCGGUGCGGGAGUUUGUGCAGUCCAGUGGGGGGGUUCACUUCUCUUUUUUGCCUCUUGCAGCUGCUCCUGAGAGCUGUCCCACCUGGGGCUGGCUAAAGGGGUGUGCCCGGGAUGAGUAGGGACAGCCAUGGUAGUCCUGCCACCUCAGCCGAGUCACCACCAGUGUAACUCAACUCCUGAGUGCCAGGGGAGGAACUGGCCUGUGAAGGGCCUGGUUCAGUGGAGUGACACGAAUAUGGUGAUUUCCAGACGUUUGAAACAUGACACUUGAGUUUCUAGUGCCUUAAACUUGAGUUCCUGAAUAAUUCAGUUAAAAUUUAAAAAAUCCUAUUUAUUUUCAGUGCAAUGUGUGUAGCUACAGAGUAACUAUGAGUGUGAAAAAAAACAUGUUAAAAUGAGAUUUUAUUCAUUAACAAGCUAGAUAAUGUUAAAGCCUUAAAAUGUUUGCAAAUUGUGCUUGCCUCUGCUUUUGCAAGUUCGUUGGGAGAUAAACCAAAAAACAUUCUGGAGUUUUUAAAUUGUACCAAAACAAAAUACAUUUCAUAGUACAAUUAAUUUGAACUUCAUGGACUGAUCUUACUUUCCUUGCCUAAAACCAAUAAAACUGAUGUUUUAUUUUGCCUUGAA